AUGGGUGGUGCAUUGUGUUGCUGCUGCCCAAAAGUUACUGAUCGCGAAAAUGAACAGCUUUCAACCGUUAUUUUGUCUCGUCCGCAACCGAACAUUGAACAAUGUCGUGGAAACCUUUUGGUUUUCCUAAAUCCCAACAGUGGACGAGGUUUGAGCUUGAAAACGUUUGCACACACAGUCGCCCCGAAACUUGACAAAAAUUUGAUUAAAUAUGAAGUUGUUAUCACUAAUGGUCCGAAUCAUGCUAAAUAUGCGCUUAUGACAAAAACGGAUCUCGAUAAAUUCAACGGAGUUCUGAUAUUUUCCGGGGAUGGUCUCGUUUUUGAGGCUUUGAACGGAAUAUUGAAUCGUGAAGAUGCAUUCCGAAUAUUUCCGACUCUUCCAUUUGGAAUCAUACCAAGCGGUUCAGGAAAUGGAUUAUUGUCAUCGGUUCUCAAUAAAUACGAUAAAAAUAUCAAGCCAAAGGAAGUAAUGGAGAAAGCGCUCGAAAUUUGUACGUCAACGAAUCCAGUCGCAGAAGCAGUAGCUUUGUAUUCUGUAAAAACGGAUGCUGGCCCAAUUACAUCAUUUCUGUCAAUUGGAUGGGGACUUAUGGCUGAUAUUGAUAUUGAAAGUGAGAAAUGGAGAAGGCAUCUCGGCGGACAUCGAUUCACUCUGCAAGGAUUUAUUAGAAGCAUUAAUUUGCGCUCGUAUCACGGAAGAUUAACGUAUCGACCCUAUCGGCCCUCAGACACGUUUACACCGAGUGAAAACAAAUUUGCGAUUUAUGACAAAACAAUGGGAGAAAGAAUUGCCGACCUUGAAAGCCAAAAGGUAAAUCCAAUUUCGCUUGAUAAAUGGACACUUCAUGAGGAGAAUCCCGACGAUUCAACUGAUUUAGUUACAAUUGAGGACGAAUUUAUCAAUGUUUACGCGGUAACACUGUCCCACAUUUCAUCCGAUGGUCCAUUUGCGCCAACUUGCAAAAUUGAGGAUAAUCGCAUUUUCCUGUCAUACAUUCUCAAAAAAGAUGUUGGUUCACGAUAUGACAUCGCAAAAUACUUAUUAGCCAUUGAAGAGAUGAAACAUCUGGAUCUUCCGUUUGUUAAGUUUGUGGAAGUAUCUUCACUUCAUCUUGACGUUCUCACCGAAGGAUCCUACGUUGUGAUUGACGGCGAAGUCAUCGAAACCAAAACAGUUAUUGCGAAUUCGACGAGGAAUCAUAUGUGUAUAAUGCUCGCGAGGCAAACACAGAUCCGUCAAAAUACUCUUCAUCGGAUCUCUAAACGAUUUGUAGCAUGGAGGGAUUCAUUUCGGGAAGGCACAUUUUCUUCUGAUGUCGAUGCCCAGAAGCCUACUCAUAUUAUUGUCGGAGCUGGAAGCGCUGGAUGUGUUCUAGCGAACCGUUUGACGGAAAACCCGGACAAUCGGGUUCUGCUCAUCGAAGCAGGUCCAGUAGAUCACAAAUGGGACUGGCGAAUUCACAUGCCAGCUGCGUUGAUGUACAAUCUUUGCUCUGAAACAUAUAACUGGUAUUAUCAUACCACAGCUCAGAAGAAUUUGAAUAAUCGAGUGUUCUAUUGGCCUCGUGGAAGAGUAUGGGGUGGAUCAUCAACACUGAAUGCGAUGUGCUAUGUACGAGGUCACGCAUUUGACUACAAUCGAUGGGAAAAAGAAGGAGCUGACGGAUGGAAUUACGCGAAUUGUCUGCCAUAUUUCAGGAAAGCAGAAACGUAUUCACAUACAAAAGGACCCGACGACCCGUAUCGGGGACACAAUGGUCCGCUUCAUGUUCAACGAGGUGCAGCCGAAAAUCCUUUACACAAAGCUUGGCUAGAUGUCGGAAAGAAUCAUCCGCUUGGGUAUACUGAAGACAUGAAUGGAGAAAAACAAGAAGGAAUCGGCUAUAUGGAUAUGACAAUUCAUAAAGGAGAAAGAUGGAGUUCUUCUAAGGCAUAUUUACAUCCAAUUCUGAGUCGACCGAAUUUGAUCACCUCUUCCGGAAUAAUGUGUACUCGAGUUCUAUUUGAUAAAAAUAAAGCGAUAGGGAUUGAAUAUAUUAGGAAAAUUAAUUUUAUGGGAACAGAGAAUAUCGAUUCGUAUAGUCGUGAAAAAGUUUAUUGUCAAGGCGACGUGAUUCUUGCUGGUGGAGCAAUUAAUACUCCACAAUUGCUCAUGCUCAGUGGGGUUGGACCAAGCGAACAUUUGCGAUCUCACGAGAUUCCGCUUGUUGUCGAUUUGCCUGGUGUUGGGAAAAAUUUGCAGGAUCACCUUGAAAUUUAUGUGCAGCAAGAAUGCACGCAACCGGUGACAUUGUAUAACAAGAGUUCAUGGAAAUUCCCGCAUAAUAUGAUCAAAAUCGGAUUAGAAUGGUUUACUAGACGGACCGGAUUGGGAGCUUCUUCACACUUAGAAACUGGUGGAUUCGCAAGAUCAAAUGACACCGUUUCUCAUCCAGAUAUUCAAUUCCACUUUCUGCCUUCCACAGUUCAUGACGAUGGACGUGUGAACGGAACAUGUCAUGGUUAUCAGGUUCAUGUUGGACCAAUGCGGUCACAAUCUAAAGGGUAUUUGAUGCUACAAUCGAAAGAUCCCCGAAGAGCUCCAAUUAUUAAUCCGAAUUAUAUGAAUGAGGAUGAUGAUUGGAAGGAGUUCAGAAGGUGCAUUCGACUAUCGCGCGAGUUAUUUGCUUCGAAAUCUUUCGACGAAUUCCGCGGAAAAGAAUUAGCACCGGGAGAAGAAGCGCAAUCCGAUGCGGACAUCGAUAAAUUUGUCAAAGAAAAAGCGGCAUCGGCAUAUCAUCCUUCUUGCACUUGUAAAAUGGGAAAAUCCGAUGAUUCGAUGGCGGUUGUCAAUCCGAACACAAUGGGAGUUUAUGGAACGGAGAACUUAAAGGUUGUCGAUGCAAGUGUAAUGCCAUCGAUUGUUAGUGGAAAUCUAAACGCUCCGGUUAUAAUGAUGGCUGAAAGAGCAGCUGAUUUGAUCCUUCACAAGAAGCAACAAUUGCCACCGUCUAAGGCUAAAGUGUGGACACAUUAG